AUAAGGCAUAUGUCCAUUUAACUAACAGUUGUCAAGAGCUACAAAGUUUAUAAUAUUCAUUAACUACUCAAAAAUGAAUGAUAAUGAAACUGAAGAAACUUUACUAUUAAAAGAAGAUUAUUGGAAAAAAGAUGGUAUUAUCUUAGGUGUUGAUGUUGGUAAGUAGGAAACAAUCUAUAUAACUUAUUCUCCAGCUAGUUAAAGACAGCGAUAUGUAAUUAUAAUAAAUAUUUCGAAGGAUGAAAGGGUUAAGUCUAAACUUGUAAGGAGGAUUUUCCUACAAAGUGCACUUACUUAAAUGAUAUGUUUUGUAUUAAACAAUGAAAAUUAUUACUAUUUUUCAUCUAAUAUAUUCAUUUCUCUUUUUGGCAAAUGUCAACGGCUGAAUAAAUAUUCAUGACUAGGAACAACCCUUAUCAAGAUGAGUAUUGCUAGACGAAACGUUUGUAUUCUUUCUCUCAUUGAAAAUAUAUUCUAUCUCUUUCAUCUCCCUCUCUCUCUCCCUCCCUCUCUCUCUUUUAAAUAAAAUAGAUAAUUACCUUUAAAAUGUUCAACAAAGAAGAAUUUCAAAGUUUGAAAAACUUCCUAGAAACGCUUAAGGGCGAUAUUAUAAAAUGUUCCGGAUGUGGAAUUUCAAUAAGAAGUUACAAGAAAAUUUUUGAGCAUACCUUAAAUAUAGAGAUGAAUAUUAACGACAACGAACUAACAACUUUAGCUAAGGGUUUAUAUUUUAUGUCAAAAAAUGUUGACAAACCACUUUUUAUAUACGAUGAUAAGAGAAUAAACAACAUUCCAAUACAAAACGUUAUGAUAGCUUCAUUUGGUUCUAGUGGACAAUUUUUAAAAGUUGGUAAUGAUGUUAAUGAUAUAAAAAUGUUGGCUGCAAGUGGAGAGGGCGGAAGUAGUUUUCUUGGUUUGUCAAGAUUAAUCUCUCAAAUGAGUAACUUAAAUCAUUUAGAAGCAAUAAAAAUGGCUACUUCCGGAGAUAAUUGGAAAGUUGAUCUAUGUAUUAAAGACUUACAUAAACACUUUGACAAACUUUGCGAAUUAGAGAUGGAUAGUUAUCAAAUAAAGGAAACGACCUACAACUACGGCAACUACAGUGGUAGUCUAUUAUCAUCGAAAUUUGGAAAAGUCUCUCUGGACAUUGUAGAUAUAAAAGGUCUUCAUUAAAAUAUUUAAAAGAGAAGAAACUAGACUUUUCUCUUUGCUUCUAUUUAAUUAUAAACUUUUUUUUAUUGAAAAGUAAAAAACAAACGCUAUUUUAAUAGAUAUUAAGACAGAAGAUGUUGUAUCAUCAAUCCUUCAUUCGACAGUAUCAAAUAAUACUAGAAUGAUGUAUUUGGCCGCCAAAACAGAAGACAUUAAGGUUGCCUACGUUUGCGGUAACUUUAUGACAUAUAAUCCAAUUAGGCGAAUAUGCCUAAAAACUGUUAACCAAUGUCAAGGUUUCUUCAAGGUUUUAUAAGUUGAAUUGAAAAAGUUUAUAAUUAAAAAAAAUUCAUAAUCCUAAUUGAAUAGGGAAAACUGAAAGUUGUUUUUGUUGAACCAGUUGGAUAUUUGGGAGCUGUUGGGGCAAUGGCCGAUGCUUUUCAUUCAAUUAUACCAGAAUGAUUAAGGGAAGUUACGCUUUAUCCAAGUUCAAUAUGAAAACUACAAUGAAUUAAUAAAUAUGUAUAUAUUAGUAUCUAUAGAAUUUAUAAUAUGAAUACAAC